AACAACCUCAUGGAACUCAAGCACCUUUUUGGCACUGGUUCGCAAAAUCUGUUGCAUCACUUCAGAAAAAACAAAUAUGCGCAAUGUUGCAGGCAGGUCUAUAUAAGUUGGAGUCAGGCCACUCUGCUAGACUGUAAGGGGAUCACAACACCACUAAUCCUGGAAGAUAACAACAAAAUCAUCAUGGGUAAAUGGAUCUUCCUUGAAGGCAUAGCAGACCACCACUUGUUCACAUAUAUCUUGAAGACUUUGAACAGCUCGUGGAUAGAGUUUGGCCCCAGCUCUCAUCCAAACUCUGUAGCCCUCAGUCAAAGGGACAUGCUAAGUGGAAAGUGUCAGUUCAAAGCAAUCAAUGCAACUCUACAAAAUAGUAGCUUUUAUGUCAGUGAAAAUUACACAGUAACACAGGGAAAGUUUCUGCCAUCCUGUUUGGACUGUGUCACCAUUAACUUUAUUAGCCAAUUCAAUAAAACGACCAUAAAUUCACUCUACCUCUUCAAGCGAGAGAGCCACAGAACUGAGUCUGAUAUGGACAUGUACUGGAAACAAGCGGAGUGUCUUGGAUUGAAAAGAGAAUCCCAGUAUUCCUAUGAUGGUGUAACAGAUCUUUGUCAUGAGGCCCCAGACAACUCAUCUGACCAUAAGUCAAAUAUGGACAAGUCUAAUCAAUAAAUAAUGAAAGAAUGUCUGUCAUGAUAAUAAAUAUAGAUUUGUACCAAUGGAAUAUGACAAACACUGUGCAAGCAUAAAAGUAUAUAAACUCAGACAUGUUAAAUCUAAGAGACUAUGUGUUUAUUUUUAUGAUACAGUAAAUGUUGUAAUGACCACUUAAAGUAUAAUUAAGAAACAUAAGGAGAAUGCGGACUAAUUUUACAUUGUGGUUACAUUUUUUUCUAUAUGCGCUAUUCUAUAUUGUUCUUUCAAUCAACCAUUAGUUUUGAAAUAAAUUCAAUUAUGUUCACUUGGCACAGGUUUUCUUGUUUACUUACCAUGCCAAGAGAUGUUCAUAAGAAACAGGAAAGGUAUGUUCAUGGUAAACAUUUCAAAAUUCAUCACACAAAUGUAAGAGGAAGAAUUUUGC